AUGAAGAUUACGAGAAAAAUAAUGCUGACGACGCAUCUACUAGUGAAGACAGUGAUUAUGUUAUAAAAGAUGAAAAAUAUUAUGACGAUGAUCAUGAAAAUAGAAAUCAAUAUGCUGCUGAUGCUAUUUAUAACCAAAACUUUAUGCAAAUUGCAAAGGAAGAAUAUGGAAAUGGUAGUUCUAAUAAUGUUGGUAUAACAUUAAUUAGUAGUGAUGAUGAAGAGGGUCAGGAUGUUUUAAUGAUUGUUAAAAUAGGUGUAAAACAUAGUAAUAGGUGUCUAAAUUUUCCACAGGAUCUGGCAAAAGAAUCAUUAGAGUUUACAAGUAUUUGGGCAAUUCUAAAUGCUACUCUUCCCUUUGUAUUAAUCGCUACUUCUUGA